CUCGGCCCUGCCCGCCCGCGCUCCCAUGGAAAAAUCCAAAAAUUUCCGCAUCGACGCGCUGCUGGCUGUCGACCCCCCCAAGGCGGCGGCGGCGGCGGUGGCGGCGGGGCAGAGCGCGCCGCUGGCCCUGGUCACCUCGCUGGGCGGCAGCGGCAGUAGCAGCAGCGGGAGCGGCAGCCCCCCGUCCUCUUCUUCUUCCUCGUCUUCCUCCUCCUCCUCCUCCUCCUCUUCAUCCUCUUCCGAGCAUCCCGCCGGCGGCCCCGCAGACUGCCUGCGCACCGACAGCCCAUCUCCGCCGCGCCUUCUGGCCGCACACUGCGCCCUGGUCCCCAAACCCGGCUUCCUGCCCGGGACCGGCGCACACCCCCACCACCACGCCUCGGCGGCCGGCAUGGCCCUGGGACUGCACCCCGCGGCUCCCGGCGGGCCGGGCAUGCCGGCGCAGGCGGCCCUCUACGGGCACCCCGUGUACGGGUACUCGGCGCUGGGCGGGCAGCACCCGGCCCUCUCCUACCCCUACUCGCAAGUGCAGGGAGCACACCCGGCCCAUCCCGCCGCCGAUCCUAUCAAGCUCAGUGCCGGUACCUUCCAGCUGGACCAGUGGCUGCGGGCCUCCACAGCCGGCAUGAUCCUCCCCAAAAUGCCUGACUUCAGCUCCCAGGCGCAGUCCAACCUGCUGGGGAAGUGCCGCCGACCCCGCACGGCCUUCACCAGCCAGCAGCUGCUGGAGCUGGAGCACCAGUUCAAGCUCAACAAGUAUCUUUCCCGGCCCAAGCGCUUUGAGGUGGCCACGUCGCUGAUGCUCACCGAGACGCAGGUGAAGAUUUGGUUCCAGAACCGUCGCAUGAAGUGGAAGCGCAGCAAGAAGGCGAAGGAGCAGGCGGCACAGGAGGCCGAGAAGCAGAAGGGGGGCGGCGGGGAGGACAAGGGGGAUGAGGAUUUGCUGCUGUCAGCCCCGGAGAAGAGCGGCGGGAGGAGAAUGCGGGAGCUGCCCGACAGCGAACCCGAGGACGAGGAAGAAGAGGAGGAGGAAGAGGAGCCGCCGGCGGCCGGACGAUGCUGCCCGUAUCACUCCUCCGACUGCUCCGAGGCGGACGAGGAGGACACGCAGCCUCGGGGCCGGCCCGGAGCCCCGGCGCAGCCCCAGUGAGCCCCCUGCACGCCGCGCUCCCUCCCUUCCUCCGGGGUGAGCCCUGCCGCUCUUGGUCGGCACCGGCCCCGCUGCCCUCCUUGGUCCGACCCCUCCAGGCAUGGAGGGGGAUGGAGAAGAGGAUCCUCCGCAUGCAGGGCGGGGAAGAGGAUUUACGGUGAAUACAGUGUUAUUGACUGAAAAUCAGUCAAACCUUGACUCCCCCCAUCCCUACCCCCUGGAAGCGCGUUCCUUUUGCUGAAUAUUGGAAAUGUUUUGUUCUUACUCUAUAUCGGGAAAACUGUUUAUGUCAUGAACGUUAAAAGUGCUGGAAAUCUCAGUACUGUCUUUAUUUUUGUAUAUCAUAUUUAUAAAAAAGACAAAAAAUGAUCUCUA